UUCGGCGGCUCGUCCGCAAUACGGUUACUACUGUGAGGUUGAAUGGGUGCGGCAGCGAGCAACACCAGCGCAGCCGUCGCGGCGCCGAUCGCCAAGACGGGCCGCAAGGUCAUCCGGACCAAGCUCCGACGCCAGGACCUCUUCGUCUUCCAGGGCGCAGCGCCGGUCAAGUCGGGCAAGCUCAUGGAGAUGGACCAGCAUAUCCUGCACGACGCCGAGCGCUUUGACGAGCUCGAGAAGGUCGACUUCCUCGAGACGGACGUCGAGGGCUUCCAGCGCACGGCGAGCGCACGCCGCAAGCCAAGCGACGGGCCGACGCCGCUGCCGACCGACAAGUCGUGGGCCUCCAACAGCAUGACGCUCGUGAGCGACGAGCCCGGUCGCUUCACGGACAACCAGUUCCGCGACCUCCUUCGGCAGUACCGCGAGAAGCCGACGCCUGAGACCAAGACCGCGCUUGCCGUCAAGUUUGGCGCCGACCCCAGCGUGAUUGAAAACAUCUUGACCAACUGCACGCCGCCUCGGGUCAUGGAGCCCACGACGUCUGUGAGCUACCCGUCGGGCGUCUGGUGGUCGUAAUAGAGUCCGACUAAAAUACCUCUCGUCAAAUCCGCAUA